AUGUUCAGAGUGUUGAGAAGAGGAGCGGUUCGUCGAAACUGGGCCCCUUUCGUGAUCGGCGCCGUUUUCGGAGCACUGGUGGCGUCCGUCUCGUCGCCCACUCGUGACGGGUGGCUGUUUGACUGGCGGCCGAGCUACGACCUCGUCAUCCUCAUUACGUCCUCCGUGGGCUACACAGACCGGCGCCACACGAUCCGCGACACUUGGCUCACACAACGGCCCGGCAACGUCAAGGCCCUCUUCUUGGUCGGCAAACAGCGGGUGGAGCCCGGGGUUUUGGCGGCUGCCGACUACGAAGGCAGGGACCACGGCGACGACGUCCUCAUGGUCGACACUCGCGACGACUUUGACUCACUCACUGCCAAGAUCGUCGCCGGGUUCCGGGCCGUGUUGGACAAGUAUCGGACCAAGUUUGUGUUGAAGGUGGAUGACGAUAGUUUCGUCAACUUGCCGGAGUUGAUGAAAGCGUUGGAGUCGAAGCCCGAGCAACGGUUGUACUGGGGGUAUUUCACGGGGAGAGCGAACGUCAAGUCGGGCGGAAAAUAUGAAGAGGGCGGAUGGUUUCUUUGCGAC